AUGCUAAUAUCAUUGCUUGUCGUCCCACCUCAAUCCUGGGCGUUGUUGUUUGUCAUUGACGUUCCAAUUCUUUGUCUUAUUUGUCUCUUCUUUUACGAUGGCCACUCUUUUCUCUUUUCUUGCUUCACCCCUCCCGCAGAUUUACGUUCUUAUCUACGGCCCCACCCCUUAAUCUAUAGCUCCCUGUUCUUUAUGAUUAAUAGAGCCGACAGCAUCCUCUCUCUCUCUUUCUUGCUCGCUCUCUCCCUCUCUCUCUCUCUCCCUCCCUCCCUCCCUCCUCUCGCUCCCUCCCUCCCUCUCUCUCUCUCUCUCUCUCUCUCUCUCUCUCUCUCUCUGCCUAUAUAUCUAUCUACUCGUCUCAUAAAGAAUUUAUUUUUUAAAAUUCUCUCCCGCCUUUUCCCCAUUCUCAUAAUGUUACUUACGGUUUCUUUCUUUUUUUCUUUCUUUCUUUCUUUCUUUCUUUUUUUCUUUCUUUCUUUCUUUCUUUCUUUCUAUCUUUUAAUCGUUUUAUUCUUUUCUUUCAUUGUCUUUUCUAUUCAUUUUAUCUUCAUUUUUAUUUUCUUUUCCUUGUUUUCCUUUCUUUUUUUUCUUUCUUUUUUUUUCUUUCUUUUUCUUCUUUUUUUUCUCUCUCUUUCUUUCUUUCUUUCUUUCCAUCCUUCUUUGCUUCCUUCCUUCUAUGUACUGUCUUCAAUUCGCAUUUCUUGCCUUAUUCCUGCUUUUAAUCGUUUUAUUCUUUUUCUUUUCAUUGUCUUUUCUAUUCAUUUUAUCUUCAUUUUUAUUUUCUUUCCUUGUUUUCCUUUCUUUCUUUCUUUCUUUCUUUCUUCUUUCUUUCUCUCUCUUUCUUUCUUUCUUUCUUUCCAUCCUUCUUUUGCUUCCUUCCUUCUAUGUACUGUCUUCAAAUUCGCAUUUCUUGCCUUAUUCCUGCUUUUUAAUCGUUUUAUUCUUUUCUUUCAUUGUCUUUUCUAUUCAUUUUAUCUUCAUUUUUAUUUUCUUUCCUUUUUUUCCUUUCUUUCUUUCUUUCUUUCUUCUUUCUUUCUCUCUCUUUCUUUCUUUCUUUCUUUCUUUCCAUCCUUCUUUGCUUCCUUCCUUCUAUCUUCAUUUUUAUUUUCUUUUCUUUUUUUUCUUUUCUUUUCUUUCUUUUCUUUCUUUCUUCUUUUUUUCUCUCUCUUUCUUUCUUUCUUUCUUUCCAUCCUUCUUUGCUUCCUUCCUUCUAUGUACUGUCUUCGAAUUCGCAUUUCUUGCCUUAUUCCUGCUUUUAAUCGUUUUAUUCUUUUCUUUCAUUGUCUUUUCUAUUCAUUUUAUCUUCAUUUUUAUUUUCUUUCCUUUUUUUCCUUUCUUUCUUUCUUCUUUCUUUCUCUCUCUUUCUUUCUUUCUUUCUUUCUUUCCAUCCUUCUUUGCUUCCUUCCUUCUAUGUACUGUCUUCGAAUUCGCAUUUCUUGCCUUAUUCCUGCUUUUAAUCGUUUUAUUCUUUUCUUUCUUUGUCAUUUCUAUUCAUUUUAUCUUCAUUUUAUUUUCUUUCCUUUUUUCUUCCUUUCUUUCUUUCUUCUUUCUUUCUUUCUUUUUUCUUUCUUUCUUUCUUUCUUUCUUUCUUUCUUUGCUUCGAUGUACUGUCUUCGAAUUCGCAUUUCUUGCCUUAUUCCUGCUUUUAAUCGUUUUAUUCUUUUCUUUCAUUGUCUUUUCUAUUCAUUUUAUCUUCAUUUUUAUUUUCUUUCCUUUUUUUCCUUUCUUUCUUUCUUUCUUUCUUUCUUUCUUCUUUCUUUCUCUCUCUUUCUUUCUUUCUUUCUUUCCAUCCUUCUUUGCUUCCUUCCUUCUAUGUACUGUCUUCGAAUUCGCAUUUCUUGCCUUAUUCCUGCUUUUAAUCGUUUUAUUCUUUUCUUUCAUUGUCUUUUCUAUUCAUUUUAUCUUCAUUUUAUUUUCUUUCCUUUUUUCCUUUCUUUCUUUUCUUUCUUUCUUUCUUUCUUUCUUUCUCUCUUUUCUUUCUUUCUUUCUUUCCAUCCUUCUUUUGCUUCCUUCCUUCUAUGUACUGUCUUCGAAUUCGCAUUUCUUGCCUUAUUCCUGCUUUUAAUCGUUUUAUUCUUUUCUUUCUUUGUCAUUUCUAUUCAUUUUAUCUUCAUUUUAUUUUCUUUCCUUUUUUCUUCCUUUCUUUCUUUCUUCUUUUCUUUCUUUCUUUCUUUUCUUUCUUUCUUUCUUCUUUCUUUCUUUCUUUUUCAUUUUUGCUUCCUUCCUUCUUCUCAUUUUUAUUUUCUUUCCUUUUUUUCCUUUCUUUCUUUUUCUUUCUUUCUUCUUUCUUUCUCUCUCUUUCUUUUCUUUCUUUCCAUCCUUCUUUGCUUCCUUCCUUCUAUGUACUGUCUUCAAUUCGCAUUUCUUGCCUUAUUCCUAUUUUAA